UGAAGAGGACCUUUUCAGGUGUCUUUCAUACUCUGCAAGAAUUGGGCAAUAAAAGAAUCAAAUUAAUCGACAAUUUUUUAUCGAACGGUUUGGAGUUGUCUUUCCAAUGAAUGACGAACCAAAUGAACAGUGUCUUCUCAUCAUCAACAAGGAUUUGGACGGAAUUAUUCGAGAAGCCAACAUCGUCGACCCAAAGAAAUUUGGUUUUUCGCUACCGGAAGAUGUGCCGUUUGAAGACCUAAGUAACAUGCGAAGUGGCAUCCUAUGCUCCAACUCAUCCAGCAGUGGUGGCAGUAACGGCGCCAUGCCGUCCACCAUCAGCCAGACCUCGGGUGGUAUCCUGAAGUCCGAAUCGAAAGUCGGUAUGUUGGCAGCCAUGAAACUCAAGAAGUUGUACGGUGUCGUUCGCGUUUUCAACGCCGGAAAGGUAACGUUUCGAAUUCGCAACGUCUUCCGUAAAGCAGACAAAACCAAGAAGGAUUGGUUUCAACAACCGCCUUUUCAUCCAGUUGUGCCCAAGAAGUGUCUUAGCUGCCAAAAUGGUUCCGCAUCAAGUUCUGGCUGUUUGGUCUCACCAUUACCGUUGUGGAGAUCACAAGAAUAGUUUUGCAUAGUAAGAGCAAAAUAAAUAUACUGGCUCGCACAAACAAGGAAGAAGGCUUGCCAAAUUGUGAGUUCUGGUUGAAAUAUCACAAAGAACGCAGAAAUGGGCUAGUCACAUGACAGGAAGAGUAGACAAACUGGAAACUGGAAACUGAGUCAAGAUUUGACCCGACGACGAAAUUUUUGACGACCCGACGACGAAUGAAAAUAACAAGGAGGCCUGCACCUUCUUCGCCAGUGCUUCGUCUCUUUUCCGUAUUUUUUCUCUCGUCUCGUCCACGAGCUUUAAUCUUAUAUCAUGCUUAUAUAGUGAGAAUUCCUUUUUUUUUUUUUCUAACGGAUCGCCCUAGAGGUAAG